AACUACCAUUGUUUUUUCAUGGCUGGAACAUUCUUAAUAUUUAUAGAAGCAUUACGAUGGAGACACGACAGAUGCCCUCCGUCAUUAUUUGUUUCUGUCAUAACAUGUAUCUAGCAACUAUAUAAUCGAUUUUUUCGUGCGUUUGUGAUCGCUUAAACAAAAUUUAAGUAAGCAAAGAAAAAUUGGGGUAAGUUUGUUUCUAUGAAAUAUCUUAACAGGUUCUAUAGUUGUCAGUUUUUAAUUAAUAUUUUUAGAAUAAUAUUUUCUUAACAACCAACAACCAGCACAUGUGUUAUAAGAUUCAAAAUGGCAAAGGAAAUGAGGUAAACUUUUAGUAAAGCAUGUGCCGAGGUCUGGGCUUAUAAAAGCAAAAGAAGCGCGUUUUGCGCAAAAAUGAAUUAACGGCGCGCUAUCGAAAAACAUUUUGUUCCCGCAGUUGCCUUUCAAAAACUACCCACGUAAAGUUGUCAGUGAAUUAAAAAAAUAUAGAUCAUCUGUUUCUAAAGAAAAGAAUGUUGUUCUGAAAGCUCACAAAUAUAGAGAGCUGUAGAGAGAAUAAGAACAAUUUCUUAAAAAAUUAGAGGUUGGAGGAAAGUGCCGCAAUCUAAUAUGUUUAAUUCGUCGAUGCAGAUCCAGAGAUUUGUUAGCUAUUUUCCCAAUCCGCCGCUGGUUUAUUAUAUGCUGAUAAAGUCAUAAUUUUUAUUGCAUGAAAUACCUGGUUUCCAUACCUGUUUUCUUGUUGUUGUAUAAUAUUAAGUUUAUAGAAGGUGAAUAAUGGUUUAACAUUUGUUAUUGACAAAUUGAUCAAUAUAACUUGCGAAGUCUCUUAGAUUUACAACUAAUUGAUCAAUUUUAUUGCAAAUACAUUGUUUUUAUACCUAAAGAAGGCUGAACAACAACUGCGCAGGAGAGUUUAUUUGUAAUUGGAAUAGUUUGUUAUGAUUAUUUGUAAACUUUUGAUUUGGCAGACAAAAACGAUAGUUUAAAGAAGUCGCUUUGUUGAAAAGUGCGGCCGACUUUGGGUAGGAAGUUUUUGUAAUACAUGUCAUCGUAGGACUUUGUCCUUGCUGUUUUUUUCAGUAUCUUCCAUAAGCAAAGAACCUUUUUUGUCCAACAAAUAUUAACGUAUUUAAAUUAUACUUUUGAUUUGUUUACUCAUUUAUUGCCCAGUUAUAAGAGUUUCAUAAUUGAGAAAGAAAAAAUAGCUUAGUGGGUAAAUAUUACUUUCCGAUAUACAUCUUUGCAUUCUGAUAAUGUUUGAAAUCACAAGUACGUAAUUCAACAAAAAUCAAACUACAUUUAGAGUUCACUAAAGUGGCUAUAUUCUGUAUAAAUAUUCGGAAUAAUAAUAGUGAAAAUAAAAUUAAGUAGCUAAGUAUUUAUCAUUGUAACGUGUUUAUGUGUUAUCAAGUUGUCAAAGUUAUUUCAACAGUUGUGUCAACUUGACGAUCAGUAUCUUAUAAAAAAAACUUACUUUGUAAAAUAAAUGUUGGGUGAUAAAACAAUGCAAAAGUUCACCAGUAACCAGCUUUGACACGCGCAAGAGCUUUGACACAAACAGGUAUGAAAGUAUAUUUAGAAGCAUAAGAAUAUAUAUUUCGUCUUGUAUAUAUUAACUACUUUGAUAAAAAACUUACCAAUGUAUAAACGCAUAUCAAAAGAAAAAUUAAAAUAGCUAACAAAAUGUCUGGAGGGUUCCAUUUUGAAGUCGCUGAAGAAGUGAGACAAGAUUUUUAUUGCGUCGUUUGCCAUAAUCUAAUGAGAGAUGCUAUGCAGCUAGAAUGUGACCAUGGAAUGUGUAAGAUCUGUUUGGAAAGCUGGGAAAGAACCAGAAAGGAAAGUGGUUAUGAUUUUGUCUGCCCAAUUUGUCGAAAACGAAUAGAUAAGAACAUGGUGACUCCUGCUAGAAUGAUAAAUAAAAUCAUUUUAUCAGUGCAAGUGAAAUGUGAACACUCGAACAAAGGAUGUGAAUGGAUUGGUGAGCUCAGUAAUAUCGAGGAUCAUUUACAAAAGAGAUGCGCAUUUCAACUUGUUUGUUGUACAUUUGAACACUGUGAAGAAAUGAUAGAAAGAUACAAGCUAACAAACCACCAGAAAAAAUGUCCUUACAAGCUGGAAAAUUGCCAGUAUUGCAGUGUUUUGUUUUUUAGUUUCCAAAUCCAGGAUCAUUAUAACACAUGUGGUAAGUUUCCUGUGGAAUGUCCAAAUAACUGUUCAAACAAUUUGAUGGAGAGAGAACUGGUGGAAUAUCACCGUAGUAUUUGUGAGGAAGAAGUUAUUUCGUGUGAAUUUUCCUCCUUUGGUUGCAGCGUUCUGUGCUGCAGAAAAAACCUAUUAAAACAUGGUCAAGAUUAUUGUCAUCGUCAUUUAUCAUCAACUAUGACAAAAAUCACCGCGCUGGAAGAAGAAUUGGAAAUUAUGAGAUCAAUGCAACAGGAAUUCGAAACCAUGAGAAGGGAAUUCAAAAGCAUGCAAGCAAUGAAAGAAGAAUUUGAAGCAAUGAAAAUAAUGAAAAAGGAAUACGACGACGUAAAAGCGCAAGAAACAAGUUGGUACUCCGAAAAACUUCUUGCCAUGAUAAAAGUUAUCUUAACAGACAAGAAGCCUGAACUUGCGCUUUGUUAUAAAAAAGUUCUGGAAGAAUUUGAUUCAACUUUUGGGCUCGUCUUUGAAGGACUCUCUAAUUUAAAGUCAAAAUUGGAUGAAAUUGCUACAGGAAUUGUUUUAGAGAAAUUGUUAUCAGAUAGUAUUUCACUUCAGAAGAAGGAGGUGUAUAUUCCCGAUGCUAUAUGCGAAAAUGCAAUAGCCGAAGUCAGGAAGCAAUUCGGAGAAUUAGUCGCAGAUUACAAGAAAGAAUAUUUUGAAACUGUCCUGUCCACAGAGACAAGAUUCAAUGCUUUAUUAAGCGCGUUAAAAGAAAACAAAAAAUAUGUUCGAGGAGAAAGCAAUUUUUACAAGAUAUCAUUUCCUCCUGAUUUUAUUAUCAACGAUAUCGUAGUAGACGAUGAUUUUCUUUCUUGCUCCUACGACGGAUGCAAUUUAGUUAAACUGCAUAUGAAACAAUGGAAUGAAGGAAUAGAAUGCCUUCUCUAUAACAAGGAAAUAAAAAAGUUCAAUUUGAGCUUCGUGAGCAGCAGCAAUGUGUACAACUUGAAUAUCGAAAAUUUGCGUAAGAAUGGUAUUUAUGUUGAAAGUCAAAUGCUCAUCAGGUUUUCAGGUGUGCGUUCGAUCAGUACAUCUCAAGAAUAAAAAGAAGUUUAUUAUAUGAAGACAUAAAAAAGGACGACUUUAGAUGUACUUGCAUGAUUUUGAAAUAAUUUCCAUAUAUGUUAGGGGCAGUCGUUGACCACAAGUUAAUUCUUGAGACUUUGUGACUGUUAAUUUUUAUAUGACUGGUUUUUUCCAGAGUUUUUGAUCGUCGUGAAUUCCUUUGUAAUUUCGCAAAUAACGGGAUUUUUAAGGAUUUCUAAUAUUGUUGUAUUUUAAAGGGUCACAAUUACCCUUAGGAAGUCAGUUUGAGAGAAUGAAAAGUUAGUUUUGACACGGUUUUUACAGAAAAAUGUGGAGUCUUCUUGACAA